AACUAUUAGCGAGCGCCAUCUCCCUGAUGAGCUCUGAAGCAUGUGCUCACACUCACACAUACAAACACGAGCCAUACACACACACACACACACACACACGCACGCACACACACACACGCACACACACACACGCCUACCCGCCCUCGCCUACUUUCAGAGCCACGCUGGAGGGUUCAACAUAAGAUAAAGACACGCUGUUGGUUGGAGACAGAGAACAAGAGAAAGAGAGAGAAAAGCAGCAACGGCUUCCUCCCUCUUUUUCUUCACUUCCUUCACUCAUCUGUGUUGAGGAGACCCCGGCCAGCCCGCGCUUGCCUCUACUUUGGGAGAGACUCUGCCCCACAAGAACCAACAAGUGAGCACAUGCAGUCACAGUUUGUUGAAGACGUUGGCUGUCCAAAUGGCUUCCCCAGGGAGCCUGGUGGUCCUUCCACUCAGCACAUCAUAACAUCUCCAGACCUAACCAAAGAGGUGGUCAUCUCCCCUGGAUUGCCAACUCCUCCUCUCAGCCCCCUCCGAUCAUCCAGGUUUCCUUCUGGAGAGUUCAGGGCAUCUGAUGUCAAUGGAAGUGGCCCAACUACUCCCAGCUUUGGAUCCUAUUAUGGCCCCUCACAUGGAGGGCUUACCAAUGGGGUUCAGCCUCCUUCCACAAGUGAGGAAAGACUCAUCAAAUUCUCAGGAAUUGGCCCAGUGGAUGAAACGGGGAUGCCCAUUGCCUCCAGAUCCAGUGUAAACAAGCCCAGAGACUGGUACAAGAGCAUGUUCAAACAAAUACAUAAGAAGCCAGAAGAGUGUGAGCAGGAGGAAUCAGACAAGUGGUCGGCUAGAUGCAAGAGGGCCACUACAAGCACAGAGGAUGAAGAAGCCAACCAAUAUCUCUUCAGGCUAUCACCGCAUGGAGCCUUGCCUGACUGGAGCCAAGAUGUCAAUGAGCUGUCAGUUGCAGGGAAGCAGAAGCCUCAACCCAAGAGCAUAUUUGACUUUGAGCCCGAAAAAGGUGUUUCUUCAGUAAGCCUUGGCCAGGGUUGCCGGUCGCCAAACAAACGGGCUGAGAAGUCAAAGUCUCCUUCAGUUGAGGCCAGUCUAUUCUCUGAACUGAGUCGCUUUGAGGCCGAGUUGGACUCGGAUAUCAUGGGUCUGGAAAAGAGACUGUCCCAGAAGAAACAGCAGCGUCGAGGCUGGGGUGAGGGGACCAGGGAUCCAGUGACUGCUGCAAGAGCUGGAAACACAAACUACAGUCAAUCAUCUGAGCCUAAGCAGCCCAUUCGUCACUCCGUUGGCCCCUCAUCGGUCUUCGCUCCUUCAUUUGAUCGACUUUCCGCUUCCAAUGACACGAUGGACCGUUCGCCUAAGAAAGAAGAAAAGAAGAUGAAAGCGGCUCGGGCCAAAUUCAAUUUCCAGGCUCAAUCGCCAAAGGAGCUCACGCUGCAUAGGGGCGACAUUGUUUACAUCCACAGGCAAGUAGACGCCAACUGGUUUGAAGGAGAACAUCACGGUCGAGCGGGCAUCUUCCCCACCACAUAUGUCGAGAUUCUUCCUCCAUCUGAGAAACCAACGCCUAUGAAGCCUCCCAGUGUGCAGGUGCUGGACUAUGGUGAAGCAGUAGCACUGUAUAAUUUCAACGCUGACCUUCCAGUUGAGCUUCCCUUUCGAAAGGGGGAAGUAAUAAAUAUAACACGAUGUGUUGAUGACAAGUGGCUGGAGGGGAGGAUCUCAGGGACAAACCGGAGUGGCAUCUUCCCUGCCAGCUACGUUCAGGUCAACAAAAUGCCCCGCACCAAAUACUCCACGGACGACUACUCAACAAGCCCCAUGUCUCCUAUGUCCCCUGGUCCCCAGAGUCCAGGCCGUCCGCUCUACUCACCUUGCCUGCAGUCGCCAUUGUCCCCUUUCAGCCCCACAUGCGUCAGCCCCAAACGAGAGCACUCCCCCCAGCAUCCACCUUCACCCCUGUCUUACGGUGCAGCAGCACAGUCGCACUCGCCCGUUCAGACAUCGCUAUCUAAAGAAUCUGCCAAUCUUUGGCCUCACAAUUCCUCCAAACCUGCUUCACCUGCCAACCACAACACUCUCAGCUCUGCAUCACCAUCUGCUUCUGUAGCGAGAUCUGCACAUAGCACAGUGAACGCUCUCGGACACAAUGAUUUCUCACAGGGUGCUCUCUCCAAUCCCAGGGCCAACUCAUUUCCACCUGGACAAGUGCCAAGCACUGCUGGCUCCACAGCAGUGCAACGUAAACCAUAUAAGGCCGUCUACAACUACAAACCACAGAAUGUAGAUGAAUUAGAACUCAAGGAAGGCGACGUUGUCCAAGUCAUGGAGAAAUGCGACGAUGGCUGGUUUGUAGGUACGUCAGAAAGGACUCACGCUUUUGGGACUUUCCCCGGGAAUUAUGUGACACCAGUUUGACUUUUUGUUUGAUCACAUUCACAUGGAUUCACAUUCCAAGAGCUCAACAACCACCCUCAUCACCUACCUUAAGACGGGACAUGCAUGUUCACCGCUUUUCCAUGGCCAGAGAAGAGAAGCCCUCACUUCCCUGCAUGAGUGUGUUGCACCGGCUUUGUACUUGCAUAUAAACCCAACUUAAGAAAGACUGGAUGCUGAAGACAUGCAAAGAACGAAUGAUUUUGUCCCACAAUUAUUUGCAGCCGCAGCAAAUGUGUUUUUCUUUCCAGAACCAGGACUGUUCAUUUGAACGUCCUGCAUUCAGCCACCACUACGCCACCACAAACCACUGAAAUAAUUUUGUACGAAUUUCCAAUAUUUUGCGGAAUCGAUGACUAAUAUCUCCAAACAUUUUCUGUCUCAGAUUAUUUUUCAGAUCUUUGAAGAAGUUUGAAGAUGCAACAUGACUCUCUCUCUCUAGAUUCCCAUAAGUUAGAAAGGGACAAUUUGUGCCAUUCGGUUUUUCUCCAUCCACAAGGCUUUUCAGAAAAGCAAAAAAUAAAAUCUCUUAGCACAUGCACUGAUUUCUUCCUAUUGAUUGUGAAUGUCUUGUCUAGUUUUUAUUUCAUAUUUAGAAUU